AUGGCAUCUUUCCUGGCCUUGGCUUUUCUUGCCUCGCUUGUCUUUAGUAGUACGGCCGCUUUAUCAGUUCCAUUUCCUCUUCCAUGUUGUACAUCCACUACAACUUGGUCUCUCUCUGGCGAUUAUACGGUGACAGCUACGGAGACAGUGACCUCGGCGACCAAUACAGUCACUGUAACUGGAUUGCCCUUGAUAUCGAUCGACACCAUAACCAUCACCAGCUUUACACCUACUGCAAUUGACUGCUUGCCGACUGCAACAACUAUUCCACCAUAUGUUCUCCCACCUUUACAUUUGGAGAAGCGCGACGAUGCAGUGACUAUUACCGCCUCCUCAUUGAGCUGCCCACCAGCACCGACUAUAACAAUUGUACCCCCUUCGUUGUCGGGGUUGCCAUGUACCAAGAUUACAGGAUCUUUUAAUGUCAUUACUGACACUGAGACCAUCACGACUACUGCUGUCGCCACCAGUACAAUCACCCCCACAAUAAUUAGCGUAAACUAUUAUCAAUACUUAAACGACUAUUUCUAUCCCGAUGGGGACCAGGGAUGUGGAUCCUGUGGCUAUGGUGGUGGUGGCUAUGAAACAUCUGACUGGAAUGGAAAUUACAGCUACUACACCAACGGUACAACCCAACAGAUCAACUUCGAGUCCGAGAACUAUCCUAGCUAUUCUACCAUACUAUGUCAGCUACCUGGACAGGUAGAAGCUACUGAUUGCUCCCAAUGGACCGUCGUAUUCCAGGGCUAUCUGCACGCAACUCAAUACGGCAAUUAUACGAUUGCACCGUAUCUGGGUGAGGAUAAUGCUAUUUUCUUUUGGGGAGGAGAAAAGGCAUAUUCCAGUUACGAGAACAACAACACCGAUGGCGGCGUUUCUUACACGCAGCCAAGUACUUUGCCUCAUACUUACAGUUACUCGAUGGUACCGGGAGAAUUCAUGCUUAUCACGUUCAUCUACGCCAAUGGUUAUGGGCCGGCAUUGAACAGGCUUACUAUUACAAGCCCGAAUGGAACCUCGUACCCGACCGACUUGGAUUUCUUUGUGCCUCCUUGCCCAAAUAGUCCUUUUGUACCUUAAAUCUUCAUAAGAAAUUUAUUAGGUUGGCAAGCUAACAUCCUCUUUUUGGCUCAAUCGGAACAUAGCCAAGGCAAAGUCUGUUUUAUUCAUUCACAUCUCCUAGUGUUUUCAAC